CUGUAGACUUCUCUCACCUCCCACCAUGGAGUGGAGAACAUCUACAGUCUGCAUGCUGCUUCUGGCGCUUUCUGGUAUUCAGGUUGAUUCAAAAAAGGUCUCUCCGAGUAAUCAUGUCAACAGCAUCUGCAGCAUGUGGGGAAACUUCCACUUCAAGACCUUCGAUGGGGACGUCUAUCAGUUCCCAGGGAUGUGCGAGUAUAACCUGGUGUCUGACUGCCAAAGCCUCAUUCGACAGUUUUCGAUUUACGUGAAGAGGACUGAACACAGCAGUGGCCCUAAGAUCAGCAGGGUCUCUAUAACCAUCAACGACAUCGCCAUUGAGUUGACAGAGAACCAAGUCAGCGUCAAUGAAGCAAAAGUGACGCUGCCCGUCCAUGUGUCAGGAAUCCUUGUGGAAGAAAACACAAUUUACACCAGGCUCUAUUCCAAAAUGGGCAUCACUGUCGUGUGGAACAAAGAUGAUGCAGUCAUGGUGGAACUGGACUCAAAGUAUUCCAAUCGCACUUGUGGAUUGUGUGGUGAUUUCAAUGGCAUUCCCGUUUAUAAUGAGUUUAUUCAAUCAGGACGAAAGGUUGGAUACACUGAGUUUGGGAAUAUGCACAGAGUUCCCAACCCAACUCAUCAAUGCGAGGAUCCAUUUGAAAACAUGGAUGAGCAAAAUGUGGUGGACCAGUGUGAAAAAUAUCGGGCAGACUGCGCAGACCUUUUGGAGGAUGAAAAGUGGUCUUCUUGUAUCUGGGUUUUGGACCCUGAGGCCUAUAUUAAGGCCUGCACAAAUGAUCUCUGCAACCGUCAACCUGAAGACGAAGACACCACUGCGCUCUGUGCAACCCUAACUGAAUAUUCACGACAGUGUUCACACGCUGGAGGAAAUCCUCCCACAUGGAGAACAGCAAAGUUCUGCACUGUGCAGUGCCCCUACAAUAUGGUACAUUCUGAGAGCGGCUCCCCAUGUAUGGACACGUGCUCACACAAAGACACAAACGCACUGUGUGAGGAACACAACAUCGAUGGCUGCUUCUGCCCACCAGGAACUGUGUUUGAUGACAUCUCGGACACGGGCUGCAUCCCAGCAGAAAAGUGUCAGUGCAAACAUGGCCGUGUGUACAGCUCAGGAGAGGUCCUGCGCAAAAGCGAGGAAGAAUGUUACUGUCAGGAGGGAAGCUGGGUGUGUAUGAGUAUUCCCGGGCCCGGUCUGUGUGCAGUAGAGGAAGGAUCUCACUUCACCACAUUUGAUGGGAAAGAAUUCACUUUCCAUGGAGACUGUAAUUAUUUGCUCUCAAAAGACUGUGAGGAGUCAAAGUUCAUCAUACUGGGCCAGAUCGUUCCUUGUUUUACUCAUGAGACUGACACUUGUUUGAAAUCUAUCGUGGUGCUUUUUGACAACGACAAGAAAAAUCCUCUGUUUAUUAAAGCUGACGGGACGGUGCAACACAAUGCAGAAGUUUCACUUCCUUACAUGACAGCUGACUUCACAGUGUUCAGGCCAUCAUCUUUUCACAUCAUACUUCAGACUGUCUUUGGGCUGCAGGUGCAGGUACAGCUGGUUCCUCUCAUGCAGGUGUACAUCACCGUGGAUCAGAGCUUCCAGGGCAAGACUUGUGGUCUUUGUGGAAAUUUCAACAAAGUUCUAGCUGAUGACCUGAAGACCCCUCAGGGGGUGGUGGAGGGUACAGCGGUUUCCUUCGCAAACGCCUGGAAAGCCCAGUCCAACUGCCCUGACCGUUCUGAGAGGAUGGAUGACCCCUGUUCCUACAGCAGUGAUAGCGAGCACUUUGCUGAGCACUGGUGUUCCAAGAUGAAGGACAAGGAGAGCCUCUUUGCCCAAUGUCACGCCACGGUCAAUCCAGACAGCUACUACAAAAGAUGCAAGUACUCCAGCUGUACCUGUGAGAAGAGUGAGGACUGUCUGUGUACGGUUUUCUCCUCAUAUGCCCGGGCCUGUGCGGCUAAAGGUGUAAUCCUCGAAGGCUGGAGAGAAAUUGUGUGCGACAAGUAUAUAAAGGAUUGCCCAGCCUCACAGAGCUACUCUUAUGAGCUGCAGAGCUGUCAGCGUACCUGUGUUUCUCUCGCCUCCGAGCGCCAGAGCUGCAAUGUUGACUUCGUUCCCGUUGACGGAUGCGCAUGUCCAGAUGGACUGUACCAAGAUGAGAAUAAUCUUUGUGUACCUAUGGAAAAAUGUCCAUGUUACCACAACGGGCAGAAGAUCCAUCCUGGAAAGUCUCUCACUAUUAGGGACGAACACUGUGUUUGCAUGAAUGGAAAAUUCCAUUGUCGAUCCUGGAAAACCCAAAUUCUGGGAUGCUCCUCUCCAAAGGUGUUCUUCAAUUGCAGUACAGCAGGCCCAGAAGAAUAUGGCUUGGAAUGUGCAAAGACUUGUUCGCAUCAAGAAGUUGACUGUUUCUCUCUAGACUGUCAGUCUGGCUGCCAGUGUCCUUUUGGUCUACUGGAUGAUGGCAGAGGGCACUGCGUUCAACCGUACAACUGCCCAUGUAAACAUGAUGGACAGUAUUAUGCACCAGGAUCAGUGAUUGUUAAAGAUUGUAAUAAAUGCAUUUGUCGAAGGGGAAAUUGGUUAUGUUCACAAAAGAAGUGUCCAGGAAUUUGCACAAUAUAUGGCAGUGGACAUUAUAAAACAUUCGAUCAGCAAAGAUUCGGCUUCAGGGGAGACUGCAGUUAUAUAGCAGCUCAGAACAAGUGUGGGAAUAAAACUGGUAAUUUUCAUGUGAUCACCGAAAAUAUGCCUUGCGGAACAACAGGAACUACUUGCUCAAAGGCUGUUGGGAUCCUUUUGGGGAGGACUUGGCUGCUGCUUUCUGAUGGGACUGUAACAGCCACUGAUAUCGGAACUGGUCCGAAUAUUAAGUACAAUGAGAGAAACGUUGGCAUGUACCUUGUCAUUGAUGCUGCCAUUGGACUGACAGUAUUGUGGGAUCGCAAAACCACUGUCCGGAUCAUUCUGCAACCUCAGCACAUGGAUGAUGUUUGUGGCUUGUGUGGAAAUUUCAAUGGAAAUGGAAAAGAUGAUUUUACCACUCAAGGAAACUUACCAACUACAAACAUAAUGGAGUUUGUUGACAGCUGGAAAGUGUUAAGCACUUGCCCUGAUGCAGAACCAGAUUUUGACCCAUGCUCUCAAACUCCCAAUCGAGAAACAUGGGCAAAAAUACAGUGUAGCAUCAUAAAGGAAGUUACAUUUAAAGACUGCCAUAGCAAGGUGGAUCCAAAUCCAUAUUAUGAGAACUGUGUGAAGGACUCAUGUUCAUGCGACACUGGUGGAGAUUGCGAAUGCUUCUGUACGGCUGUGGCAGCUUAUGCUCAAGCCUGCAAUGAGGCCGGUGUUUGUGUUGUCUGGAGAACUCCUGAGAUCUGCCCUGUGUACUGUGACUACUACAAUGAACCAGGAGAAUGCACAUGGCAUUACAGUCCUUGUCAUACACCUUGCUACAAAACAUGUCUCAACCCUGAUGGUAUCUGCAACAACACUUUACCCAACCUGGAAGGAUGUUAUCCAGAAUGUCCAGAGGAUAAGCCUAUAUUUGAUGAAAAAAAUCAGAUCUGUGUGGAAGAGUGUCCUACGCCACCUCCACCAACAACAACACCAGAACCUACCACAACUACCCCAAUACCAACAACUACCACAAAACCACCUACAACAACACCAGUGCCUACCACAACUACCCCUGUACCACCUACAACAACACCAGUACCUACCACAACUACCCCAGUACCCACAACUACUACAAUACCACCUACAACAACACCAGUACCUACCACAACUACUCCAGUUCCACCUACAACAACACCAGUACUUACCACAACUACCCCUAUACCAACAACUACCACAAUACCACCUACAACAACCCCAGUACCUACUACAACUACCACAAUACCACCUACAACAACACCAGUACCUACAACAACUAUGCCUAUACCAUCUACAUCACCUUGUAUAAUAUGUGAAUGGUCUGACUGGUUUAAUGUGUAUAAUCCUGCAUUAGGAGGAGGGAAUGACGAAGAGACUUAUAAAAAUAUUGCAGCAAGUGGAGGAGAGAUCUGUGAACAGCCAGAAGAUAUUGAAUGUAGGGGUGUAGCGGCCACACCUGGCAUGAGUUUUGAAGAUUAUAUUCAUGAAACAAAACAGGUUGUACAGUGCAAUGUUUCUUAUGGAUUGGUGUGUAAAAAGGAUGAACAGAAAUUCCGCCCCUAUAAAUGUUUUGACUAUGAAAUAAGAGUUUACUGCUGUUACGAUUGUGGAUCAACAACAACAGAAUUUACAACAUCACCUACCCCUGUACCAACAACUACCACACAGCCAUCUACAACACCAGAACCUACCACAACUGCCACAGUGCCACCUACAACAACACCAGAACCUACCACAACUACCCCUAUACCGACAACUACCACAAAGCCGCCUACAACUACCCCAAUACCGACAACUACCACAGAGCCACCUACAACAACACCAGAACUUACUACAACUACCCCUGUACCGACAACUACCACAGAGCCACCUACAACAACACCAGAGCCUACCACAACUACCCCUGUACCGACAACUACCACAGAGUCACCUACAACAACACCAGAACCUACCACAACUACGCCUGUACCUACAACUACCACAGAACCACCUACAACAACACCAGAACCUACCACAACUACCCCUGUACCGACAACUACCACAGAGCCACCAAAGCCACCUACAACUACUCCUAUACCAACAACUACCACAGAGCCACCUACAACAACACCAGAACCUACCACAACCACCCCUGUACCUACAACUACCACAGAGCCACCAAAGCCACCUACAACUACCCCUAUACCAACAACUACCACAGAGCCACCUACAACAACACCAGAACUUACCACAACCACCCCUGUACCUACAACUACCACAGAGCCACCAAAGCCACCUACAACUACCCCUAUACCAACAACUACCACAGAGCCACCUACAACAACACCAGAACCUACCACAACCACCCCAAUACCUACAACUACCACAGAGCCACCUACAACUACUCCUGUACUGACAACUACCACAGAGCCUCCAAAGCCACCUACAACUACCCCUAUACCGACAACUACUACAGAGCCACCAACAACAACACCAGAACCUACCACAACCACUCCUGUACCUACAACUACCACAGAGCCACCAAGGCCACCUACAACUACUCCUAUACCGACAACUACAACAGAACCACCUACAACAACACCAGAACCUACAACUACUCCUGUACCGACAACUACCACACAGCCACCAAAGCCACCUACAACUACCCCUAUACCGACAACUACCACAGAACCACCUACAACAACACCAGAACCUACCACAACCACCCCAAUACCUACAACUACCACAGAGCCACCUACAACUACUCCUGUACCAACAACUACCACAGAGCCUCCAAAGCCACCUACAACUACCCCUAUACCGACAACUACUACAGAGCCACCUACAACAACACCAGAACCUACCACAACCACCCCAAUACCUACAACUACCACAGAGCCACCUACAACUACUCCUGUACCAACAACUACCACAGAGCCUCCAAAGCCACCUACAACUACCCCUAUACCGACAACUACCACAGAGCCACCUACAACAACACCAGAACCUACCACAACCACCCCAAUACCUACAACUACCACAGAGCCACCUACAACUACUCCUGUACCAACAACUACCACAGAGCCUCCAAAGCCACCUACAACUACCCCUAUACCGACAACUACCACAGAGCCACCAACAACAACACCAGAACCUACCACAACCACCCCUGUACCUACAACUACCACAGAGCCACCAAAGCCACCUACAACUACUCCUAUACCAACAUCUACCACAGAACCACCUACAACAACACCAGAACCUACUACUACUCCUGUACCGACAAGUACCACAGGGCACCCAAAGCCACCUACAACUACCCCUGUACCGACAACUACCCCAGAGCCACCUACAUCAACACCAGAACCUACCACAACCACCCCAAUACCUACAACUACCACAGAGCCACCUACAACUACUCCUGUACCAACAACUACCACAGAGCCUCCAAAGCCACCUACAACUACCCCUAUACCGACAACUACCACAGAGCCACCAACAACAACACCAGAACCUACCACAACCACCCCUGUACCUACAACUACCACAGAGCCUCCAAAGCCACCUACAACUACCACAGAGCCACCAACAACGCCAGAACCUACCACAACCACCCCUGUACCUACAACUACCACAGAGCCUCCAAAGCCACCUACAACUACCCCUAUACCGACAACUACCACAGAGCUACCUACAACAACACAAGAACCUACCACAACUACCCCUGUACCUACAACUACCACAGUGUCACCUACAACUACUCCUGUACCGACAACUACUACAGAGCCACCAAAGCCACCUACAACUACCCCUAUACCUACAACUACCACAGAGCCACCUACAACAACACCAGAACCUACCACAUCAUCUACGCUGUCAACUCCACCCCCUGGAUCAACACAUGAAACAAUAAGUCCUGUAACAAAAGAAACAACACCACAUAUAACACAACCGGUUGUUGUAGAUACAGCAACAACAGAAUCUCCUACUUCGACAACCCUUAUACCAACAACUACCACAAAGCCUACUACAACAGAAUCAACCACAUCACCUGUCCCAACAACUACUACAAAGUUUACUACAACAACACCAGGGACCACCACUUCACCAACCCCUACACCAACUCCACACUACGACUGCCCUGAAUGGGACAAAAACACAAAUGAGACCUUCAUCUUGUGUAACUGCACUAUGGCUAGAUGCAUAGAAGACAACAUCAUCGAAAUUAUUCCAUUUGAAUGCCCUCCACUUCAGAAUAUUACCUGUGAAAAUGGCAAAAAUCCAGUGCUUGUCUAUGAUGAGCACUACUGUUGCCAGUAUUACACAUGUGACUGCUUCUGUGAAGGCUGGGGUGACCCACAUUACAUCACAUUUGAUGGACUCUUCUACAGUUACCAAGGAAACUGCACUUAUAUAUUAAUGGAGGAAAUUAGGCCUCAAUACCACUUGACGAUUUACAUUGACAAUGUCUUCUGUGACCCUAUUGAGCAUGUAUCCUGUCCUAGAUCCAUUAUUGUUUCUUACAACAAUCAAGUCAUUACACUUAAAAAUCACAAUUUUUUCGGAGGUGCAGACCUAGAGGCUCUGAUGGGCGAUGUUCUGUUAACGCUACCAUAUGCUCACAAUGGUGUGAGGGUUGUAAGCUCAAGUUUAGACCUGUUCCUAAGUAUUCCACAGCUCAAUGUUGAUGUAUCAUUUGGAGCCACUGGCUUUAGCAUCAACCUGCCAUUCCAGCAUUUUGGAAACAACACACAAGGUCACUGUGGAACAUGCAACAACAACAAGGCUGAUGACUGCAUGAUCCCUGGAGGGAUCUUGGUGGACGACUGUUCAGUGAUGGCAGAUUAUUGGGCAGCCAGUGGUGUAAAUGAUGAAAUGUGUACUCCACCAACUGCAUUGCCAACUGUUGGAGGUGAUAUCAAACCUACACCUAAGCCAUGCAAGGCCCAUCCUGACUGCUUCCUCCUUGGUAGCGAGUUGUUUGAAGCGUGCCAUGCUCAUGUGUCCCCUGACAACUUCUUUAUGGGAUGUGAAUAUGAUAGUUGCCAUAUGAGCAACCCUACUGUUGUGUGUACCAGUUUGCAGAGUUACGCAAGGUCUUGCUCUCAGUUAGGCAUCUGCGUACACUGGAGGAAUUACACUAACCUUUGCAAUAUUGAAUGCACAGAAGAUAAAGUCUUCAAUCCUUGUGGUCCUGCUGAGCCACCAAGCUGUGACGAUAUACCUGAACAGAGAACCAUUACAGUGCCCACAGAGGGCUGCUUCUGUCCUGAAGGCACACUGCUCUUCAACAAGGACUCAGGAAUCUGUGUCAGCAAAUGCGGAUGCAUGGAUGCCUCUGGGACACCACGUGAGUUUGAUGAGGUUUUCGAGUACAACUGCGAGGAGUGUGUCUGUGAAAAGGCCAGCAAAUCAGUGACCUGUAAACCCAAGAGUUGUCCUGGCGGAAACCCUGAGGUGUGCACUGAACCUGGCUUUGUGCUGGUCAACUACACCGAUCCCUCGGAACCGUGCUGCAGCAAACAAGUCUGCAAUUGUGAUGUCAGCAUGUGUCCACCUUUGGAUAAGAAGUGUAAUAUUGGAUAUGCACCAAUCCUGGACGUUCCUGAAGGCAAAUGCUGUCCAGAAAUUAAAUGCGAGCCAAAGAAAGUGUGUGUCCACAAAAACACAGAGUAUGAGCCUGGUACCACCAUCCCGGUCAUUGACUGCCAAGAAUGCAAAUGUACUUGGGAUGUGGAUCCCAAAUCACAGUUUUUCAAGAUCAAAUGUGGAUUUGUGCAGUGCAAUGAGAAAUGCGAUCCUGGUUAUGAAUAUAUUGAUGACUUUAGUGACUGCUGUGGAAAGUGUGUGCAAACUCACUGCGUUGUCAGUAUUGAUGGCGUCAAUCAUGUUCUGCAGGAGGGAGCCUCUCUGCCCACUUCAAACCCGGGCUGUGACAAAAUCACAUGCAGUAAAGUUAAUGGACAGUUCAUCGCUGUCAAAUACACAGUCCAGUGUCCUCCUUUCAACAUUUCCAACUGCCAGCCUGGAACUGUUCAGGUGUCAGCUGAUGGCUGCUGCCAUGUUUGUGUGGACCAAAUUAAGGGAUGUCAAGUACAGUCCAUUCGAGAUUUCAUAAAGCACAAUGACUGUCAAUCAGAGAAGAAAAUGGACCUGGCGUUUUGUGGUGGAGACUGCAACAGUUUUAGCAGGUACGCUAAUCCUGGAUUGUCCUCCUGUAGCUGUUGCCAGGCAACACGCUCAAGUAAUCGCACAGUCGAUCUUGCUUGUGUAAACGGAGACAUAAUAAACCACACAUACAUCCAUGUUGAAGAGUGUUCCUGCAGCAGAACUAAAUGUCACGAAGUGGAAGUGAGCCAAACACUCGCUGAAACCAGCAGAAGAAAACGUAGCGUCAGAUUUCCGUGAACAGGACCCAAAACAAAUCUUAGUGAAGCUUUGAUCGGAAACUAAUUUAAAAUUGCACAUGCUAUAUGUUUAACAUUUCUUAAACUUCAUCUAUAGAGCUUUGUUUGUUUUUCUUUGUUGGAUAAAUGUGUACUGUUUUCCUUGCAUGCAAUUAAAAGCAAUUAAAAAGGCAUUUUAAACCUAAA